CCCGGGGAAAGAAAUCUUCUUCUCUUAUCUUCUACGUUCCAGUUAGUAAUGGCAGCGGCGAAGCCUCUCCUCCCUUCGCCACCUCUCACCGCCUUCUCCUACCGGCCCGAACCGGGUCGAGCCGGUCCACGGCUCCGGCCGACGGGGAGACCCAGGGUCUCGCCGGCGGUUCGCCUCUCUCUCCUCCACGACCCCCUGUUCCUGCUCGAGGUGGCGCCGACCGCGACGACGGCGGCGGCGGAGGUGGGGUACUCGCCGGCGAGCUACUACACCUCGCUGGGGCUGUUCGUGAUCUCGGUUCCCGGUCUCUGGUCCCUCAUCAAGCGCUCCGUCAAGUCCAAGAUAGUACAGAAGACGUUUGUGAGGGCGGCGGCGGCGCCGCCAAGUCAGGUGGCGGGAGAGAUUCUCUCCUUCUUCACCCGCAACAACUUCUCCGUCUCCGACCGUGGGGAGACCAUCACGUUUGAAGGAAUGAUGGUCCCUAGCAGAGGCCAAGCAGCGUUGCUCACCUUCUGCACAUGCAUAAGCCUUGCCAGCGUCGCCCUCGUCCUCUCCAUUUCAGUCCCUGAAGGAGGCAACAACUGGUUUUGGCUGAUGGUUUUAAGCCCAUUGGCGGGAGCAUAUUACUGGAAACGGGCGUCGAGGAAGGAAGAGAUUAAGGUCAAGAUGAUGGUAGGUGAUGAUGGAAACAUCUCGGAGAUCGUUGUUCGUGGUGAUGACGAGCAAGUAGAGCAAAUGAGGAAGGAGCUUCAGCUAAGUGAGAAAGGAAUGAUAUAUGUAAAGGGAAUUUUUGAAAGAUAAUAUGGAGACUUGCAUGAAAUGAAAGGCAAUUAGAGAUCACACUACCAUACCAAUUUUGUAGCAUGACUAUUUAAGUGAAGAACUGGAGUUUUAUGAUAUUCAGAUGUGAAUUUUGGUGGCAAUCAUCAAUAAAAUCUUUUUACAUCAUCUUAAAA